UGAAGCACAAGAAAGACAACGUACAGUACUUUGUAGGAACAAAACAAAACAUAACUCGACAGAAAUAAAUCAUAACCAUGACCGUGACCGCCGGACAAAUCCUCACCGCAGAAACAGUCCCUGCGUAUCUCAAAGACCAGUGGGAAGACCUGGGCAUCGGCAAGGCUCUAGACUGCACGACCACCGCCGAAGAGGCACUAGAGGGAAUCGUUGUGAACGCCAUUCAGGGGGGAAACGUCAACUACGCCUUUUGCAUCGAGCUUCCCGCGCUUGCCAAAAAGGUCUUUCUCAAGCAGGCUCCGGAAUUUGUCGCCAUUUUCGGACCGGACGGUUUCCCCCUGACCUCGGAGCGCAUGCAGCGUGAAAUGGAUGUCUAUUCGGAAUGGAAGGGGCUCCUUGGGGACGACCUCGGCAAGAAAUACCUGCCGGAAAUUUAUGCCUUUGACAGUGAGUUUUUGGUGAAAAAAAGAGUUUGAAGACGUAUAGAUGAAUGGCUCGUAAUUUGGCAUCUCGCGGUAGGAAUACAGGAUGAGGAUGUGUUAGUCUAGUUGACUUCAACGUCGAAAUGGAUUGUUCGGUCAGAACUAGCACACUCGGCGGCAAUAGGGGACUGAACAGAUUUUUGGUCAUGCGAUAUCACUUUUUCUCGRAAAAYAUGGCUGAAGGUUGCAUGGAUUYGACACGACAGGACGCGAUAAUUAUUCACCCCUCUAUUCCAUCCAUCACUCCGAUCUCCAAAUAGGGGRGCGACGAUUCUGUUUCCUUUUUCUGAUUUGCCAUGUGUUCAGUGCAGUUCAUUUCUUGGUUGUCGCUCACUGAUCGYGUUGUUUGUUCGUUCACGUGUUUCUUCCUGGURUUAUGAAAAAACUCGACAACAACAUCUUUUAUUUUYAUGCAACAACACCCAAUGACAAAACGCGUAUUCGACAAAAUUGACCAAAAUCGACACAACCACACCAGAAAAAUCCAUGGUGGUAGUUAUGGAAUUCUUUGACGGAUAYGAACUUCUCGACCACGUCCUGGUCGACGAAAAGGGGGCCUCCGCCCUGGACCAAAAGGGCAUCGGGGAGGCCCUCGGCGAUUUCAUGGGACGUGUCCACGCGGCCUCGUACUCGUCCAAGUACCUGGCCGCCGACGAGGGGCAGGCACGCGUCGACUAUCUCAAGGAGCAUUUUGAGAACCGCGAGAUGCGGGACGUCCAACUAGAGUUCGUCUUUAGCAAGUGUUACAAGGAGGCGACGGACGAGCAACGGGCCGGAUUGACGCUCUCGGACGAAUUCUUGGCGGAGGUCGAACUCCUCAAGAAACAAUACGACGGCAAGGCCGGGGACGACGCCUUGGUCUUGACCCACGGGGAUCUGCACCCCGGUUCGGUCAUGGUCGACCCCUCAAACACAAGUGUCAAGGUGAUCGAUCCCGAAUUCACCGUGUACGGUCCGGCGGGUUUGGACGUCGGAUCCCUCCUCAGCGGAUACUGCCUGGGGGCGAUCCACCAGGAAUACUCUAGGAAUCCCGCCGUCGUCGAGGACAUUGUAGCGGGUGCCGAGGCCAUCUGGGCUUCCUAUAGCCAAGCCCUCGCCGAUGGUGGGCUCACGAGCGAGCAGAUUCGGGCGAUCGAGGUCGAGACGGUCGGAUUCACCGUCGCCGAGGUCUGCCGGACUGCCCUCGAAUUCGCGGGUGGCCGAAAGUGGCUCCAGUUUCCCGACGACGAGGACACGAAAAAGAAGGCAUGCAAGGCGGCACUUGGCUUGGUCCAGAAGUGCAUGGUAGGCCGUCACGAAGGGGGGAUGACCCUUUUGUUCACCGAAAUGAAGCGCAAGCAUUUCGAUCAAUAAUAGCAACAAUAAUACAAAACCCAAACCCAAACCAAAAACAACAAUAGAACAAUACGCAGCACAGCACAGCACAAAACAAAACAAAGAACCCAACAUGAAAGACACAAAUGCAAAGGAACAUAGGAAAAGAAUCGAUGUAGGUCAUAACUUUGAAAGUCACUGCGUGAGAUAUUGCCAUAGUGUCAAAACCUAUAUAUGCC